GUAACUGUAACUGAAAAGUCUGGGUGUUGUCAUUCGUUAAGUAUCGGCUUGUUUAUUUUAAGUUUAAAAUAUAUAGAAUUUUCGCUUAAAAAUUAUAUUGUUAAUUCAAGAUGACAUCUGAAACAAAACUCUUUACAAAUCCUGAAACACCUGGAUAUGUGGGAUUUGCAAAUCUUCCAAAUCAAGUUCAUCGAAAAUCUGUGAAAAAAGGCUUUGAAUUCACUCUGAUGGUUGUUGGUGAAUCAGGUCUUGGAAAAUCUACUUUGAUCAACAGUUUAUUUCUUACUGAUUUGUAUCCUGAGAGACAUAUACCUGAUGCUGCAGAAAAAAUUAAACAAACUGUAAAGUUGGAAGCAUCAACAGUUGAGAUUGAAGAAAGAGGUGUGAAGUUACGUUUGACUGUUGUUGAUACUCCUGGCUUUGGUGAUGCUAUUGAUAAUAGUGACAGUUUUAAAUCAAUUAUUCAGUACAUUGAUGAUCAGUUUGAAAGAUUUUUGAGAGAUGAAAGUGGCUUAAAUCGAAGGAACAUAAAUGACAGCAGAGUCCAUUGUUGUUUUUAUUUUAUUUCUCCUUAUGGCCAUGGCUUAAAACCGCUUGACAUUGAAUUCAUGAAGCAGCUGCAUGGAAAAGUAAACAUUGUUCCUGUCAUUGCCAAAGCAGAUGCUUUGACAAAAAAGGAAAUGAUGCAACUCAAGAAAAGGAUAAUGCAAGAAAUUGAUGAAAAUGGCAUACGUAUUUAUCCUUUACCUGACUGUGAUUCUGAUGAAGAUGAAGAAUAUAAAGAACAAGUGAAGCAAUUAAAAGAGGCUGUGCCAUUUGCCGUUUCAGCGGCCUUACCAACCAUUGAAGUAAAAGGUCGUAAAGUUCGAGGACGACUUUAUCCUUGGGGAGUUGUAGAAAUUGAGAAUCCUGAUCAUUGUGAUUUCAUCAAACUACGAACAAUGCUUGUGACCCAUAUGCAAGAUCUUCAGGAAGUUACUCAAGAUUUGCAUUAUGAAAACUACCGUUCUGAGAGAUUAGCUGGGAAAACAACUGCAAGAAAGCCUUCAGCUUCUCCAGAACAGUCAGAUAAAGAUCGCAUACUUCAAGAAAAAGAAGCUGAGCUCAGACGAAUGCAGGAGAUGUUACAGCAAAUGCAACAAAAAAUUAAAGAAGAAGAGCAACGAAAUGCCACUCCAUCACCAACAAAUCAAUCUCCUAAAAUUGCUCAUAACUGAGUUGCCAAGCUUCUCUCUGUCAUCUAUUAUUAAAAGACUGAAUUUUUU